AUGAGGACGGUCCUCCUCAGUCGGUUUUGUUUUCGACGCGGGAUUCCGCGCAUCCCGCGAAAUCGCUUCACAUCAUGGCAACCUCCCAAACAAACCCCGCGGCGGGGCCGGGUCACUGGCGGACUGGUGAUGUCCGCUUUGGCGCCCGGCGCAUUCCUCAAGUUGGCGGAGGUAGAUGACCCUGAAAAGACGGGGGAGAUGCAGAUGCUUGAGGCUUCUCGCGAUGAGAUCCGAAAGGCUGUUUCUCCAGAUGCCCGGGGCUUAGAGCGGGUAUGGCAAUCCCUCUCCGUUACAUUCUACUACUAUGUCUACGACCCAAUCGCUACUGGGCUACGAUUCUUGCACCUCUUUGUAAUCUUUAUGCCGGUCGUGAUAACGGUACCUGCUAUUUGGCUCGGUCGGGCUGUUGGAAGUAAAAAUGGGGCUCAAACGGGUACACUUUGGUGGUAUAGGUUCUUGGUGAAGGCGAUGGAGCGCGCUGGACCUGCUUUUAUCAAGCUUGGUCAAUGGGCCGCUUCACGAACCGAUAUCUUCCCACCGGAAAUGUGUGCCGUCAUGUCCUCGCUCCAUUCCAAUGCUCCCGCUCAUUCACUUCGUGAUACGAAGCGGACAAUUCGAAAAGCAUUUAAUGGUCUUCCAUUUGAAGAGAUCUUCGAAGAGUUCGACGAAAAGCCUUUGGGCGUCGGUGCCAUCGCACAGGUUUAUAAAGCGAAGCUUAAACCAAGCCUGGCCAAUACAAGUCAGGAACUAGGCCAAGAACCCAUCACCUUGGGAGAAAAGAUGCGCAAGAACGUCGAUGUGCUAGUCAAGAACUCACCACAGCGCGUACCAUCGUCAUAUGUCGCGAUCAAAGUACUACAUCCCCGAGUCGAGAAGAUGAUCCAUCGUGACUUGCGCAUCAUGUCAUUCUUCGCUUCUUUACUCAAUGCCAUCCCAACAAUGCACUGGCUUUCCUUCCCGGACGAGGUUCAGCAAUUCGGAGAGAUGAUGAAACUUCAACUGGACAUGCGCAUCGAAGGCACCAAUCUCGUCAGGUUUCGGGAGAAAUUUAAGUCCCGAAGCACCGCUUGGUUCCCCUACCCGUACCUGGAGUACACAACGCGCGAAGUUUUGGUUGAGGAAUUCGCCCAGGGUAUCCCGCUCGCCACCUUUCUGGACAUUGGAGGAGGUGUCUACCAACACGAGAUUGCGAAUGAAGGCCUCGAUGCCUUUUUACACAUGCUUCUAAUCGACAACUUUGUUCACGCGGAUCUACACCCAGGAAACAUCAUGGUUCGGUUUUACAAGCCCAGCGAGCUCGAUCUAUCCCUUCGCAAGCAUUCACGCGCCACCGAUGCUCCGACACGAGCCGAAGUAGACGUGACUGAGUCUGUGCUUGCGCGACUACGCCCUCAUAUUGGCAAUCAGCAACAAUGGGAUUCCGCCCUGGCUCAGCUUAAUAAUGAAGGAUACCGCCCGCAACUUAUUUUCAUUGAUACAGGCCUGGUUACCGAGCUGAACGACACCAAUCGGCGGAACUUCCUGGAUCUUUUCCGAGCCAUUGCCGAGUUUGAUGGAUAUAGAGCUGGACAACUUAUGGUUGAGCGGUGUCGUACACCUGAACAGGUCCUUGAGCCCGAGAUUUUCGCUUUAAAAAUGCAACAUCUUGUGUUAAGCAUUAAGACGCGCACAUUUGCCCUUGGAAAUAUCAAGAUCGGCGAUGUCCUAAGUGAGGUCUUGACAAUGGUUCGCGGCCAUCACGUCCGGUUCGAAGGUGAUUUUGUGAAUGUCGUGAUAUCUUGCCUCCUACUUGAAGGCAUUGGAAGAAGUUUGAAUCCAGACCUAGACUUGUUUAAGAGUGCCCUUCCCAUCCUCCGACAGCUGGGCUCUGGCGCCACAUUGUUGCAAACGGUUCGUUCAGGCGAUACCUCGAUGCUCCGUGUUUGGGUUGGUUUAGAGGCUCGUGGAUUGCUGCAGGCCAGCAUUGAAAGUGUCGAGCAGUGCGUUAAGUACGAUCAGUUGUCGCCCAACAUCUGA